AAAAGCAAACGCAAAUUCUUUACAAGGAAAAAGUGAUACAGACAGUUCACAGACAUCGCAGGCUACAAUCAUACAACUUUUUAAUAAACAAGCAAAAUGGCAGGACAAAGACCCAAGGGCCAAGAAGAUGGAUGAAGCAAUUAUUGAGAUGAUUGCCACUGACAACCGGCCAUUCACAGUGGUGUCUGACGUUGGUUUUCAGAGGCUGAUGACUCUUGAUGAACCCAGGAUCAAAGAUGAAACAUUAUUUUGAUCAGAAAUGCUUGAUAAAACACAUGAAAGAGUUGUGAUGAAAGUGAAGAAUCUGGUGGCACCAGUGAACACUCCACACAUGGCAUUCACAACUGACUCCUGGUCAGGCACUACAGAGUCCCUAAUGAGCCUUACUGGACGUUUCAUUGACAAUAUCUGGACAAGAAAGCAGGUUGUGCUGAAUGUCAAGACUAUGAUUGGAUCACACACAGGAAACUACGUCAGAGAGAUGUUUUUGACCAUGUUGGAAUACUGGGAAAUCUACACAGAACGUGUAGUGCUGGUCCUCAGGGACAGUGGGGCAAACAUGGUGAAAGGUAUGAGACUGGCGGAGCUUCCAGACUUCAGCUGCAGUGCACACACCCUACAGCUUGCAAUCAAUGAUGGCCUAUCCAGUCAGAGAGCUGUGCUAGACAUUCUUGCCAUGUUGAAGAGCUGUGCAACUCACUUUGACCACUCUGUACUGGCCAAACAGAGGCUGAGGGCCAUUCAGGAAGAGCGUGGCCUUCUCAAACACAGCAUCAUCCAAGCAGUUCAAACUCGCUGGAACUCAACACUACACAUGUUGCAGAGGAUGUUUGAACAGAGGCGUGAACUGAAAGUGUAUGCAGGUGAAUACGGACACAUCAGCAGUUUGUCUGCUGCACAGUGGGACAUUGUCUCUAACCUAAUUGAGACUCUGACACCUAUGGAGGAGGUGACACUUGAGAUGAGCCACUCCGACUCUACAGCCGCAUGCAUCAUCCCCAGUGUGUCGGUGCUGAAGCUGAUGCUGCAGCAGGAGGGUUCUUCUACUCAAGGCAUCAAAACUUUACGGAGACCAUGUUGGACAGUCUGACAAGGAGCUUCUCCAAGGCUGAGGAGACGAAGUGCCUGGUGCUGGCAACCGUCCUGGAUCUACAUUACAAGAGCUAUGCCUUCACCUCAGGGACAGCACUAGACAAAGCAAAAUAGUGGUUGAAGGAGGAGUUUGACCUACGAAGGAAACCAAAUCCCAGAGCCACAGCAGAUGGGACGAGUGAAGAGGCGGACCCAGAUCCAGGUGCAAAAGGCAAAGAGUCCGGGUUGAUCAGCCACCCAGUCUGGUGGACAGCCUAGAAUCCUUGGAAGCCAAGAGGGCAGGGCUGAAGUCCAGUGCAGUUUUGAAAUUGAGUUGGAGCGUUACCUCACAGAGCCUGUCAUUGACAGAAAGAGUGGCUCGCCUUUGGAGUGGUGGAAGCAGACUUCAAUCACUCACUCCAAUGGCAAAGAAGUUUCUCUGUCCCCCACCUUCUUCGGUCCCAAGCGAGAGGGUGUUCAGUGAGGUGGGAAUCAUUUAUGAUAAGCGGAGGAGCUGACUGACAGGGGACCAUACAGACAAGCUCUGCUUUCUGCACUACAACCUAAAACUUCUUAACUGGGAAUAUUGAAGACCCGUGAAAGCUGAUGGCUCCUUUUAACAUAUGUUCUGAGCAAGGAACAUUAACAUGAGCUUUUUUACAUGGCACAUAUUGCACUUUUACUUUCUUGUUCAAAACUGUAUUUUUGCAUUAUUUUAACCAAAUUGAACAUGUUUCUGUAACGGAAUUCCUCCUCCUCUUCAUCCGAAAAGGAGGAGUAGUGAUUCGACCAAAAUGCAGCAGGUUGUGAAUACAUAAUGAUUUAUUAAAGCAAACGACGAAACACGAAAACAAACACUUGGAAGGAUUACAAAAUAACAAAACAACGUAGACUGACCUGAACGUAAGAACUUACAUGUAACACGAAGAACGCACGAACAGGGAAAACAGACUACACAAAAACCGAACGAACAAUCAUACCGAAACAGUCCCGUGUGGCGUAACAUACACAGACACAGAAGACAACCACCCACAACAAACAAUGUGAAACAACCUACCUUAAUAUGACUCUCAAUCAGAGGAAACGCCAAACACCUGCCUCUAAUUGAGAGCCAUACCAGGCAACCCAUUAACCCAACAUAGAAAACACAUAACAUAGACUACCCACCCAAAACUCACGCCCUGACCAAUUAAACACAUACCAAACAACAGAAAACAGGUCAGGAACGUGACAGUUUCAUUAUUUAUUUGAGACUAAAUUGAUUUUAUUUAUGUAUUAUUUUAAGUUAAAAUAA